AUGAGUUCUACAUCAUACGCUGUGUCAGGCCGCCAGAAUGGUGACUUGCACCUAAACUACAUCGAAGAUCGCAACACGGCAUCUCAGCAGACCGUGUAUACAGCCAGCAAUGGAGCACCAAUUCCUCAUCCUUUUGAAACUCAACGUGCCGGAGAGAAUGGCCCUCUGCUGCUUCAAGACUUUCACCUGAUCGAUCUUCUCUCACACUUUGACCGAGAGAGAAUCCCUGAGAGAGUCGUCCACGCAAAGGGUGGUGGUGCCCACGGCAAGGAGUGCCCCAUCACCAUCCGAUUUUCAACUGUUGGUGGCGAAAGCGGCUCUCACGACCAUGCUCGAGAUCCUCGAGGCUUCUCUAUCAAGUUUCGCACCGAGGAGGGCAACUGGGAUCUUGUUCAAAACAACACGCCCGUCUUUUUCAUCCGAGAUCCUGCCAAGUUCCCUCACUUGAUUCACACCCAGAAGCGACACCCCGCAAGCCACCUCGGUAGUGGCGAUGACUCUACCAACUUUUGGGAGUACUUCUGCCAGAACCCCGAGUCUGUCCACCAAGUCAUGUAUACGUUUGGCGACCGUGGUAUUCCCGAUAGCUGGCGCCGUAUGCAUGGAUAUAGUGGUCACACCUUCAAGUUCGUCAAUAAGCAAGGUUCAUGGGUGUACUGCCAGAUCCACAUCCGCUCAAAGCAAGGAGCCGGAUUCUUGACUCAGGAAGAAUCGACAAAGCGUUCUCCAGAUGCCAACCAGAAGGAUCUCUACCAAGCUAUUGAGCGCGGCGAAUAUCCUCAGUGGGAUCUAUGUGUGCAGACCAUGACCCCAAAGCAAGCUGAAGAGCUGUGGGAGACCCAGAAGAUCAACGUUUUCGAUCUUACUCACUGCUGGCCCCAAGCCCAGUUCCCUCUCCGCAAGGUGGGAGAACUUUGCUUGAAUGAGAAUGUGAAGAACUACUUUGCCGAGAUUGAGCAAGUUGCCUUUAGCCCAUCUCAUCUUGUUCCUGGUAUUGAGCCCUCUGCGGACCCUGUCCUUCAGAGCCGCUUGUUCUCGUAUCCCGACACUCAGCGUCAUCGUCUUGGACCAAACUACCAACAGCUUCCCGUCAAUGCGCCUCGCACAGGCUAUCACAUGGCUAACUUCCAGCGAGAUGGUGCCAUGGCCUUCUAUAACCAGGGUUCAAGGCCAAACUAUUUCUCCUCCAUCGAGCCCAUUUCCUUCAAGGAGCGCAAGACGAAUCUGGAUCAGACUCAUGGUGCUUUUGUCGGCAGGGCUAUUACUUUCCUGUCCGAGAUCAGGCUAGAGGACUUCAACCAACCUCGCGCCCUUUGGGAGAGAGUUUUUGAUGAUGCCGCCAAAGAGCGAUUCAUUAACAAUAUGGCCGGCCACAUGAGCACUUGCACUGAGAAGGAAAUCAUUAGACGCCAAAUUGGUAUCUUCCGCGAAGUGUCGGACGAUUUGGCCACCAGAUUGGAGAAGGCUACGGGGAUCAAGGGAUAUCCUGGCAUUAGUGAGCUUGUUUUCAACGGCUGCCACAACGGAUUGGCAAAGAAUAGCGCUCUUCGAGCUGCGAACGGCCAAAAGAGCCCUCACUUUAACAGCAGCAACGGAGCGCCGUCGGCUGGAACUCAUGCUUAA